GAUUUUAGCCCUCAUUUCUACUUUGAUUACUGACCCACAAGACUUGCUUCUCACUUCUCCCCUUUCUUCCCCACCUUCCUUCCAUUUUUGUCUCCUGCAAGCUUCCCACCUUCUUCGAAUCGACUAAUAUUCUUCUUCUUCUUCUUCACCUGCAUUCUUGUUCCUUAACCUCCAUUGAAGCUCUGAAUCGAGUCUCCGCCAUUGCUUUUGUUCAUAAUGAGUUCUCAAGCACCCAAAUCAUCGAGACCCACAAAACCCCCAAUUCAAUCGCCGCCCACAUCCAGAUCCUCGGUUUCUUCUCUAUCAUCCCAUCUCGCCAUGGUUGAACUCAAGCAAAGGAUUCUCACCGCUAUCUCCAAGCUCUCCGAUCGAGACACCCACCAGAUCGCCAUUGACGACAUGGAGAAAAUCAUCCAGUCCAUCUCCCCGGAAGCCAUUCCUAUGCUGCUUAAUUGCCUCUACGACUCCUCUGCUGACCCAAAACCCUCUGUGAAGAAAGAGUCAUUGCGGCUUUUAACACUCGUUUGUGCUUCUCAUAGCGAUUCUACUUCGACCCAUUUGACUAAAAUCAUAGCCCAUAUCAUAAGAAGGGUUAAGGAUGCGGAUUCUGGCGUGAAGGAUUCGUGUAGAGAUGCCAUUGGUGCACUGUCGGCGCAGUAUUUGAAAGGGGAUAGUUCUGGUGGUGAUAAUGGAGGUCUUGGUUCUGUGGUGGCUUUGUUUGUUAAGCCUUUGUUUGAGGCUAUGGGAGAACAGAACAAGGGCGUUCAAUCUGGUGCCGCAUUGUGUAUGGCUAAGAUGGUGGAGUGUGCUGCCAGCCCACCCAUCAUGGCGUUUCAGAAGCUUUGCCCCAGGAUCUGUAAGUUGCUGAACAAUCCAAAUUUUUUGGCAAAGGCUUCACUCUUGACUGUGGUAUCCAAUUUAUCACAGGUUGGUGCCAUUGGACAACAGAGCUUGGAACAUUUGCUACCAAGUAUUCAUGAGUUACUUGGGAGCACUGAUUGGGCAACGCGCAAGGCAGCAGCUGAUGCACUAAGUGCAUUAGCAUUGCAUUCAAGCAAUUUCAUAACAGAUGGAGGUGCUUCCACUUUGGCAGUUCUUGAGGCUUGCCGUUUUGACAAGAUAAGACCCGUUCGAGACAGCAUGACCGAGGCACUACAGCUAUGGAAGAAACUUGCUGGGAAUACCGACGGAGCUGCAGAAAGCCAGAAUGAAUCUCAAGAUGGUGAAAACCAUGACUCAGCGGAGUUGUCCAAAAAGUCCGACCUGAAAAACGCGAAUUCACCUCAGGGAGGGAGGUCAUUAGACAAAGAUAAAUCCGAGGAUUCCGUCCCUGUAUCGAAUUCAGCUUCGAAAACGAAAUGUGGUAGUAUUUCAGAUAAAGCAGCUGUACUAUUGAAGAAGAAAGUACCUGCUUUAACCGACAAAGAGUUGAACCCAGAGUUCUUUCAGAAACUCGAAACUAGGGGGUCCGGGGAUUUGCCUGUCGAGGUGGUUCUUCCUCGCAGACAUGCCAGUUCUUCGAACACGAACGACGAGAAACUGGAGCCUGAGGAUGCAAAUGCUGGAGUAAGAUCAACUCAUGUUGAAAACACUCACGCAGAUGAUUUUCAAAGUGCAUUCAAUAAAUUUCGAGACUCGGAAAGAGCUCAAAUGGCUAAGCCGAGGGAUUACGAUGAUCUUGGGCGUGAUAAAUGGCAUGAGGGGAAACUUAACGGAAGAGACUCGAGAACAAGAGCGUACAAUGUGAAUGAUCAAAGUGAAAUAUCUCAACGGGAAUCUUCUGGCGCGCGUUCAGACUUCUCCAAAAUCGACGCCCAAUCGGAAAGCGCCUACAUGAAUAACAAAGGAAGCUGGUCCGCUAUCCAGAGGCAGCUAUUGCAGUUGGAGAGGCAACAGGCACAUUUGAUGAACAUGUUGCAGGAUUUCAUGGGAGGCUCUCAUGAUGGCAUGAUAACUUUGGAAAAUAGAGUCCGUGGACUCGAGAGAGUAGUCGAAGACAUGGCACGAGAUUUAUCCGUGUCAUCAGGUAGGAGAGGUAACUUUUCUCUAGGAUUCGAAGGAACGUCUAAUAGGCCUCUAGGCAAGUAUAGUGGAAUUUUGGACUAUCCUGGUGCUAAGUUUGGACGAAACAACGAUGGACGAAUGUCUUUCGGAGAGAGGUUCGUUCAAUCAGAAGGAAUCGGUUCGAACAUGAGGGGAAGGAAUGCUGCAUGGAGACCCGACAUGAAUGAGACUUGGGACUAUCCUGUUUACAUGUCGAGAAACGGACAGAUGAGCUCUAAGAGAUCGUUAGAUGGUGGCAUUGACAAUAGGUCAUCGAAAUCCGAACAAGAAAUCGACCAAGGCGGAGGUAACAGAAGAGCCUGGGAUAAAGGUGCUGGACCUUUAAGACUUGGUGAGGGACCAUCUGCAAGAAGUGUUUGGCAAGCAUCAAAAGACGAAGCAACGUUAGAAGCCAUUCGAGUAGCUGGUGAAGACAACGGUAUAUCUAGGACCCCGAAAGUGGCGAUUCCCGAAAUGACAGCAGAAGCCAUGGAAGACGACAAUGUCGGUCAAGAACGGGAUCCAGUAUGGACGUCUUGGACUAAUGCAAUGGAUGCCCUUCAGGUAGGUGAUAUGGACACAGCUUAUGCUGAAGUUCUCUCUACAGGGGACGACAUCUUGCUCAUAAAACUAAUGGAAAGAACCGGUCCCGUGGUCGACCAAUUCUCAAACGAGAUAGCCGUUGAGAUCUUCCGCGCCGUGGGACAAUUUCUACUCGAACAGAACUUGUUCGACAUAUGUUUAUCUUGGAUUCAACAGUUGGUAGAUAUCAUAUUGGACAAUGGGCCUGAUUGUGUGGGGAUUCCAAUGGAUAUGAAGAAAGAACUGAUAUUAAAUGUUCUUGAAGCUUCAUCAACAAUGGAUACUCCUGAAGAUUGGGAAGGGGCAUUACCUGACCAACUUUUGGCUCAGUUGGCUUCUGCUUGGAGAAUUGAUAUUGGACAACUCCAAUAGAUACUCAUUGGUAAACACUUUUUGGUGAAUGGAUGAACAAAAUUCUAUUCUUUCCAUCCAAAAUGAAUAGAAAAUGGGAUACAUAUUUGUUCGAUUAGAAAAGCGUUUUUGGGAUUUUUGUUUNUUUUUUUUUUUUUUUUUUUUUGCUCGAGAUUACUAUCAAGAACCGUGGUUGAAUCGUCUGUAAAUGUUAAUAUUGUUGUGCUUUGAGUGAUUAUUAGAAAUCAAAUAUGAAAAAUGGUAGAUUCGCGCCCUUAUUAGAGUAUAAAA